GUGCGUCGCUCCGUCUGCGCAUGUGCUGACUGGGUAGAGGAAGUCAAGAUGGCGUCGUCCAUGAGUGGGAUGUUCUCCGGUCAGCAGCCGCCCAGCGUCCAUCCCGUCGGGGGUCCCGGUACACCGGGCCAGCCUGGCUUUCCCGGUACAGCUACCAGAGCUCCGGAAAACAACACGCUGGUGGACGAACUCGAGGCUUCCUUUGAGGCAUGUUUUGCAUCCCUGGUUAGUCAGGAUUACGUUAACGGAACUGAUCAGGAGGAGAUCCGGACUGGUGUUGACCAGUGCAUACAGAAGUUUCUGGAUGUAGCUCGGCAGACAGAGUGCUUCUUCUUACAGAAAAGGCUUCAGCUGUCUGUACAGAAACCAGAACAGGUGGUAAAAGAGGACGUGUCAGAGUUGCGUAAUGAGCUACAGAGGAAAGAAUUGCUGGUUCAGAAACACUUGUCCAAACUGCACCACUGGCAACAAGUUCUCGAGGACGUGAGCGUUCAGCACCGCAAACCCACGGACCUUCCUCCUAGUGGACCGCUAGCCUUUCUGGAGCAGGCUUCUGCCAGCCUGCCGCCUGCCCCAUUGAAACCAAAUUAAUACACCACAGUUACAGUCACAUUAGUCUUCUGUCGAAUCAAGUUUGUUUACCACAAGGAUGUGAUGUUGAACAUUGACCUGCAAGAGGAAGCGAUACAGAAACUCUUGCAUUAAACCACCACAAACGUUAAAGCCUAGUGUGAUUUUGUACCUUACUGUUACUACACACACACACACACACACACACCGUGUUCAUCGCGUGAUGCCUGCCGUCAAGUGUCAACCUAUAAGGACACGGAAGAACAAUUAUUUGUUGCUGUCCAGCAGUUGGGACGUCAUUACAUCCAUUAUUUUAUGUCUGUUUUGUUUUAUGUAAAUAUUUCUACUAUUUUUUUACUGUAAAAUAAAGUAUUUGGACUUUGA